CGAUUUGCUCUGGCUUAGCCUUUCUGCAGUGCUCCGUGUCAGGCUUGAGCUGGGAACCAUGAGGCUCUGCAUCUGCCUUGUGUUGCUGUCCUUUGUUAUGUGUGCAACUGCUGACAUCCGUAACGGGGGACGAUUUGCCUGGGAUGCCGUGGGAGGGGCGUGGGAUAUGUACAGAGCAUACAGGGACAUGCGCGAGGCCAACUUCAAAAACUCUGACAAAUACUUCCAUGCCCGAGGGAAUUAUGAUGCUGCCCGAAGGGGACCUGGCGGUGCUUGGGCAGCCAGAGUCAUCAGUGAUGCCCGGGAGCGCUGGCAAGGCAGCGUCAGCGGCAGAGGCGCGGAGGACACCCGAGCCGACCAGGAGGCCAACGCGUGGGGCAGAAACGGCGGAGACCCCAACCGCUACCGACCCAAGGGCCUGCCCAGCAAAUACUAGCACUGCCCUUCAGGGGGCAGCACUGCUCCCCCCUUACACCCGCUCUAUGCAGCCCAAUAAAGGAGUUCUCCACGA